GGUCAACAUGCUGCUGCUCUCGUUUCUGACAGCUAUUAUCGCUUCGGGUCCUCCAGCAACCGCAGCAGCAUCAUUGCUCGAGACUCGACAGUCUACUCCUGCCUCUGCUGUAUGCUCCAACUAUAAUGGCACAUACAAGCUCACGAACAUCACCGCACCAGUUAGGGGGCUUGGUACCCAACCCGCGGGCAGUCAGCCUUGGGGCCUCUUCCUGAACGACACGGCUGCCGCAUAUCGUCAAAACGUGACCGGAUUCGGCGCAGCGGUCACGGAUGCCACCGUUGUCAACUUCAAUCGACUUACAAGCGCUCAACAGACGUCGUUGUUGAAUGUGCUGAUGACAGCUGGUCCAUCGAAUUCGGCAAAUUUCUCGUUGAUGCGGCAUACUAUUGGAAGUUCGGAUUUGAGCGCAACCAACUACACAUAUAACGAUGGAGCGAGGGAUCCUAGCCUGGCAAACUUUGCUCUCGGACCGAAUGGUACUGCCAUGGCUAGCCUGCUGGCGAAGAUGCGUACCUCUGCACCUGCAAUGACACUGCUCGGCUCCGCAUGGAGUGCCCCAGGCUGGAUGAAACGAAACGGUGCCCUGACGGGCAACGCUACGAACAACAACUUGCUGGACAGAUACCUCGACCCGACGGAAGAUAACCUAGCAGACCCCUAUGCAAAUUACUUCGUGAAGUACCUCCAAGCAUAUGCCAAUGCAGGUGCUCCAGUCAACGCCAUUACGAUACAAAACGAGCCAUUGUUUUCGACUGCCUCCUACCCAUCCAUGUACGUGUAUGAUUACGAGAAUGCGGCAUUGAUUCAGAAGUUUGUGGGGCCAGCUAUUACGAGAGCAAGUCUCAAUACCCAGAUCUGGGGCUACGAUCACAAUCUUGAUCAGCCCGUAUACGCGCAGAGGAUCCUGGACAACGCUCCUGUCAACACUAUAGCAUGGCACUGCUACUCUUCCCAACCAUGGAGCGUAAUGUCAGACUUCAAGGCCAACAACACUGGUGUUAUACAGUACAUGACUGAAUGCUGGACUCCGUCUUCGCAGCCGUGGUACAAUGCCGCGGCUUUCACUUUGGGACCAUUGCAGAACUGGGGAUCGGGCGCUAUCGCGUGGAAUCUCGCGUCUGAUGUGAACAAUGGCCCUUAUAUCUAUGGUGGCUGUUCUAGUUGCCAAGGUCUAGUUACCGUCAGAAACGACCGAACAUAUACAUUGAAUACGGCCUACUAUAUGAUGGCGCAGUUCAGCAGAUAUAUGCCCAAGGGAUCAACAGUCGUGCCUUUGACAGGUAAUGGUGGAAACGGAAAUGGGGAUGUGCAGAGUAUUGCUACCGUCAACCCAAAUGGUAGUCGGACUGUUGUGAUACUGAACACUUUUGCGAACCCCGUAUUCAUGCAAAUGAACACGACUAGCGGCACAGUCUGGAGUGGCUCCCUGCCGCCCUCGAGUGUAGUUACAUGGGUGCUGCCUAGGGCAUAGUACGUAACAGCAACGCAGUGUUUGAGAUUUGCCGAGUUGUUGGCUAGGAUACUUGGUAUAUAACGUCGUUCUUUACAAUAGUGUAGCUAUAAUUAUCUAGACAGAAUUUCCUUAUACGUUAGCCUGAUAAAUUACUCGCAUGCCCUAGUGUAAAAACACG